AUGAACAAGAAAAAAAGUGCUAUCUCGAAUGUUAGUUUAUAUCCCGGAUACUACUCUCUUGUAGCUAAAGAUUUCCUUAUUAUAGAUAUGUUAACUUUAAAAAUAUACAAUAAAAAAAAGAAAAAAAAAGUAUUAAAUUAUCUUAUGAGAUUUUUUAUGUUCACCUUUUUAGUUUGGAUGCUACAAUGUUUUGAUAAUUAUGUUUCUUUUAGAUUGUGGAAUUACGAAAAUGAAUUAAAAAACAUACUUAAUUUAGGAAUUAAAAGAUCAUUAACAGAAAAAGAAUCAAAAUACCGUGAACAUGUAGUUGUAACAGGAGGGACUUUAGAAUCAUGGAAUGAGAAAGAUACUAUAAGAGAGAGUAUAAAUGUAAAAGAAGGAAAUAAAAUAGAGAUAAAAGAGAAAGAUCAAAAAAUCAAAAUUCAUGAAAGAAUUUUAGGAAUAUGCAAAAAUAAUUUUGAACUAAUUACAUCGUCAGUUGCUUUGAUCAUAUCAAUUUUUUCAUUUAUGUUUUUAGUAAUAAAUAUUACUUCACCUCGUUUAAAUACCUACCUUCCUAUUUUUGAGUUAUCUAGCCUAUCCAUUUUAAUUAUUUCAUUACUUUUAACUUAUGAGGAAAUAAAAAUUAAACGUAAAAAAAAUUUAACUAAUUGA